AUGCAGUCGGGUGGAAAUGUGACGGGCAGCGGAGUCAGGGAGGAGGGCCCGGGCUGUGUAGAGAAGUCGGGGCUCUCUAGCAACAUUCCCUCAGUCACAACAGAAGAUGUUGGUCCUCCCGAGGAGAAUAAACGAGUGGGGGGAAUGCUUUUCGUCAACGAGAGACAUUUUAGGACCCCGAGUCCCUUACUUGGGGCCAACUGUGAUUACGACUCGGAGGCAGAGGCUUUCCGGGAUGGGAGAACCGAGGAGGUUGACCGGGACACCCGGAGCAGGGCGUUCUCCUGGUGCAGAGACUUCCUGGCUGGGUCCUGGAAGACCGUCGAAGAAAGGGAUUUUCAAAUAAGCAUUGUUAGACAGGGAGUGGACUCCCUGGUGUUGGAAAGUGUGAUGUUCGCCAUCCUGGCAGAACGAACUUUAGGACCAAAACUGUACGGCAUCUUUCCCCAGGGACGCUUAGAACAGUACUUUCCGAAUACCCGCAUGCGCACAGAUCAACUUGCCGAUCCUGCCAUAUCGGCUGAGAUUGCCACCAAGGUGGCAUGUUUCCAUGAAAUGAGCAUGCCCUUUAACAAAGAGCCCAGUUGGCUCUUUGGGACCAUUGACAAAUACAUGGAUCAAGUGAUGAAGCUUAAUUUUGUACGUGAAGCACAUGUGAAGAAGUACAAGAAGCUGAUGAAAUUAGACCUGCCUGCUGAGCUGGAGAAUCUACGGUGAGUUGGGGCACUGGAAUCAAAUAUACAUAAAUGUAAAAGCAAUAUUGUGAUGCAUUAAGUGACUAUCAUAAAGUAUAAAUAAAGCCUCAAAGUUAGGGUAAGUAGAGAUGAGGAAAAACAGUGUCAGUGAGGAAGCAGAAUCUUUUUCAAAAUGUUUGAAAAAUUAUCACAAUUAAAAUAAAAUACAAUAUACACACAAAAAAACAACUAUUGGCAAUUAUAACUCUAGCAGAUACCAAUGUACGAGGACAAACACAUCAGUACAAUAAAUAUCAUAUUUUUCUCUUUUUUUAAAUCACAAUUUAGCAGGAUGAUCAUUGAACACGCAAACCCUCGUGAUUCAGAGUUUUACAGUCAGUGUCAAAAACAGAUUUUGAGGGGAAGUAGAAACACGAUGAUGCAAUCACUAUUGCUUAAGCCAAGUGUCAACAAGAUGUUGUUUGGUCCGAGCCAUCGCAUAUCAUUUGCUGUAAUUUACCCACUGUACAGGAUUCGUACGGGUGCUUGAAAUCCUUGAAAAUGCUUGAAAUUUGACGUUGUUUUCAAGGUUGGGAAAGUGCUUGAAUUUUGGGAAUGGUGCUUGAAAUUGAGAUAAAG